UACAUAAACACGGAAGCGGGCGUAUCGGUUGUCUUCACUCGUCUUCGCACUGUCAGUUGUAUCAAUCAAUUCUUUAGCAUUGAAAUCACUUUAGUUCGCCAAAAUGCCGAUGAUGUGCGGAGGAACCAGCGAGCAGAAACCUGCCACUCCUGAGAUCCAGGCAAUCUGUGACGAGAUGAAGCCUCAUGUUGAAGAGAAAGCUGAACAGAAGUAUGACGUCUUCACAGCCACACACUACGCAUCCCAAGUGGUGGCUGGAACCAACUACUUCAUCAAGGUGCAUGUGGGUGGAGAUGACCACAUCCACAUCCGUGUGUUCCAGAGCCUUCCCCACGCUGGCCUUAAGAAGGAGCUCCACAGCCUGCAGAAAGACAAGACCCAGCAGGACAAAAUCACUUACUUCUAAACACACACACACGCAAACGUGCGCCUGUGCACGUUUGGUGUGGUUUUUUAUUUUUAUUUGACCAAAUAAAGUCACGGUUUCUCGUA